AUGCUGUCCAUCUUUCUGAGCUCACGAUCUUUACAGGAGGGAGAAAAGUCGCGAAGUAGAAUAGUAAUGAGGCUGAUGCAACUUGAUAUGCUGGCGGAGAUGGAUGAUGCAGGUUCUUCGAUGGCCAUGGACGUUGAUGACAUUGAAGCCAUGGAGAUGCUCAGCGAAGGAGGACUUAUCUCUGAGAACAAGCUCGCCGAUGCCGAUUUCUUCAACAAGUUCGAAGAUGAUUUCGACGAUACUGAUAUCAACUGA